AUGUCUGCAAGUUCAACUUUAGCUGAUAAGAAACCAAGAGAUGCACUUUUACAUUCUAAGAGUUCAUGGUCUCCAAGUCAGCAAAAUGCAUCUAUGUUAUCUGCAUUUGUGGCCAGUGAUGACAUUAAAGCAAGUAUAGUGGUUCUGAAGAUACUACCUACUCGCAACAUUCCAAUUGUUGAAGAUUUUGAUGUAACUAUUUGCCCUGCCAAAACAACCACAACCCCUGUUACUGCUGUAACAACAACAAAACAACCAGAUUAUUGUGAAUUUGAUCUUUGCACUUUUGUGAAAGAAUUUGGAUAUGAAGGACCUUCAGCAUUUGGUUGGAUUGAAAGAGAUGGAAUUCCAGGACCAUCUAAUGGAGAUAUACGAGUUUAUUUAGGAAAUAAGAUUCCUAAUGAUAUGAUUGUUUCUGUUGGCUGCAAUAACUGUACAUGCACAGCUGGUAAAUUCAACUGCACCAAAAAUAUAUGUGAUGGCUGUGAAUAUUCUAAGUGGUCAGAAUGGACAUCAUGUAGCAAAGAAUGUGGAAAUGGCUAUAGGCAGAGAAACAGAAAUAAAUUGUUUAAAAAAGGAAAUGAAAAUUGUAACCUGCCAGAGAGUGAAAUAGAAGAUUGUAACACAGAUAUUUGUGAAAUAAUACCAUCCUGGUCUGUAUGGUCACCAUUGUCCUCAUGUACCCAGGGUAUUAAAACUUGUGUUGCUGGUGUCAAGCAAAGGAUCCGUAAAUGUGACAGCCCACCUUCUAAUUCUCUCAUGCGUACAUGUAUUGGAAUUUCUGUAGACUUCGAACCUUGCACAAAUAACUGCACAAAUGUAAAUUUGACAAGCUGUACAGCUCUUCCUUGGGGUUCUUGGGGUGCAUGUUCUGUAACUUGUGGUUCUGGUAAAAGAAAACGUGUUAGAACCAUAUUACCUAAUGAAGAGAACUGCACCAUCGCAAGUGAAGACACUGAAAAUUGUUACCUUCAGUCAUGUUCAGAAAAAUGUGAAGUAGGUCAAUGGGGUCAGUGGUCAGUGUGCAAUGAAAAAUGUGGAAUUGGAAUUCGUACAAGACGUAGACCAUCAAAGAAUCCCAUGACAAAGUGUAAUGUUUUGGAGAAGGAACAGUGUGUAAAUCAGUGUGAUUGCUACAAUGGAAAAAAUGGAAUGAUUUGGGAUUCUGAAGAGCCUUGUUAUAAAUAUGAAUGUGUUUCUGGGUCAAGAAUUCGACACAGAAUAUGUUCAAUUCCAACAUGUGAUGUUGAUGAAGAAUUGUUUAAAGAUCCUGUUAAUCCCUGUUGCCCUCGAUGUAGGAAGAAGGAAAAUGGUACAUGUACAUUAAAAUCCAAGAUGGAGGUUAUCAUAGUUGGAAAAUGCCAAAGCGAAAAGAAAGUUGAAUAUAGUUAUUGUGAAGGGACCUGUGGAAACAGCUCUUCUAUACCAUUACUGUUUGAUGCCUCUGAAACUGAACCAACUAAAAUGAAGAGUGAAUGUAAAUGUUGCACAAUGAAGUAUGAAGAAUAUCAUGUAAUAACAUUUAUUUGUGAAAAUAAUAAAAAGAAAUUGAUGAAGUUAGCCAAAGCCUGUGAAUGUGAAUGCAAACCAUGCGAUAAUUUAAAAUAA